CAACUCGAUACGAAUUUGGACUCAAUGGUCUAAAGAGCACUUGCUGUAUUGUUCUCGAUAACUGUAAAAAGUCUUCGAUGGGGACUAUUUGCACUAUACUUUUUCCCAUCUACACCCCUAAAAACACAACAAAUUCAAUCAGCAACACACCCCAACUCUAGUUUGCAAACCCCCCAACUCCAACCCUAGUCUGCAAACACCCCAACACACCUUUCCCCUUCUCCUUUUCUUCCCUUGAACCAUUGUCUGACAAUGGGGUUGUUGUCACGAUUUGUUAUCAUGGCACUUGAGUUGUUGCUUGGAGCAAAGCACUACACAAAAGUGUUGUUGAUAUGUGACUGUUUGUUGUAUAUUUGCUGAGCUUUUGACUUUGAAGCCACUAUUCCAAGGGGCAGAAGCAAAAGCCGGGCCAAAUUCUUUCCAGCUUGACAAGAUAUUCAAGGUAUUAGGCCAUCCUACUCUUGAGAAAUGGCCAAUGCUUGCUAAUCUUCCACAUUGGCAACAAGAUGUACCGUGUAUCCAGGAAUGGGUAUGCGUGGGUACCAUCCAUAACAGAAAUCAAGACGCAUGUGAUCGUCUAAUUUGUCGAAGCCGCUAUUUGGAGGCAGAGUUGGGUCUUGCCGGAGCUCCUUCCUCCAUUUUAUUCCCUCUCCCUCUCUGUCUUGCGUCUCUGAAACAAAACAAGGAUUUGGGGUGUAUUCAGAUUCAUGUGACAAAUCCAAGAAUACCGAAGAAUUUGGGUGUACUCAGAUUCAGGUGAAUUUUUAUGGAGGUUUUUUAGUGAUGGGCCGUGAAUGGGAAAAAGUGGAGUGGAACUAGCCCCCACCAAAGUCUUCAUCAAUGUCCUAUUAACUUAUCAACAUAGAAGAGAGCCAAAUAAUCUAGAUAUAUUAUAUAUACAUUAAUUAAAUAAAAACAUAAAUAAUGCUACGCUACCCACCCGACCCGAGGUUACAAACAUCGGAUCCUAGUCCCGGAUUUUGGUACUGCUACCCCGCGCCCUUCACACUUUUCGCGCUUUUCCAUCUUUCGAAGUUUCCCGCUUCUGCGCUUUAUAGCGGCCUUCGGGUCUUGCCCUUGAUCAGUUCAAAAUUUCAAGCUUUAGUAAAGUCGAUUUCCCUGCCAUUUCCGAUCUGCCAAACACCAUGAAUUCUCGAGAGCUCGUUCUGGUUUCCACUGCAGCUGUGUUCGGUGCCUUGGCAUCCGCAAUCACAUUUCGGAUAUUUUUAAACCCUAAAAAGCAAUCUCCGCGAAAGGAUUUUUCGGGAAGCCGGAAAUGCUCCUCUCAGAGCCCCUUCGAUCCAUCCAAACGCAAAGGGUAUUUGUCAUGGGACGAUUAUUUUAUGUCGAUUGCGUUCUUAUCUGCUGAACGAUCCAAAGAUCCAAACAGGCAGGUUGGUGCAUGCUUGGUUAGUCCAAAUGGUGUAAUUCUUGGAAUUGGCUAUAAUGGAUUUCCAAGAGGCUGUUCAGAUGACAAGCUUCCUUGGGCAAAGAAAUCAAAGAAUGGGGAUCCAUUGGAGACAAAGUACCCUUAUGUAUGCCAUGCCGAAGUGAAUGCCAUCCUAAACACCAAUCAUGCUUCUGCUGCUGGGCAGAGGCUUUACGUGACAAUGUUCCCUUGCAAUGAAUGUGCGAAGAUAAUUAUUCAGUCGGGUGUUUCUGAAGUUAUAUAUUUUGUGGAGAAGAUAUUAAAUAAUUCAGACGUCGCUUACAUUGCUUCACACAAACUACUUACCUUGGCUGGCAUCAAAGUGAGGAAACAUCAACCUCAGAUGAACCACAUUUUGAUAAAAUUCGAAGAGCUAUAGUUUUUUAUAUCCUUAUAUUGAAGUUUGGCAGACACAGAUCACAGCAUUGGAUGGGGGUUAUCCCUACCAUUCUCCGAAGCUCU